AUACUAUUGGCAAUGUUUACAUUUUGUAGGAUCAUCUGUGCGUCACGUGGGCCGGCCCCCGCAUGUAAACAACAAUUGAGUCCCAUUUAACCAUCUCAACCGCAAUAUGGAGGAAAACAGCAAUAUGGAAGAGGACAUUAGGCCAAAAGCAGUGGUUCAAAGUAGCGAAAGUUGCCUGGAGAAACCGGUGAAGAGAAGAAAACCUGGGAUCGUGUAUCUCUCUACCAUCCCUCCCAAUAUGAACGUGACCAAGAUCAGAGAGUAUUUUGGUCGGUUCGGAGAGCUAGACCGGGUGUUCCUCCAUGCUGCGGAAAAUGCAGCUAAAACACAAGGUGAAAAAGGCAAAACCAAGAAACACACCAAAAGCUUACACUUCACAGAAGGUUGGAUAGAGUUCAAAAGUAAGAGGAAGGCCAAGCACGUGCAUCUCUUUCUCAAUAAUCAACCCGUGGGUGGGAAGAAACGGAAUCCAUAUUACGACAUGUUAUGGAAUAUCAAGUACCUUCCUAGAUUUAAAUGGGCUUACCUUAAACAAAGGCUGGAGUACGAGCGUGAGGUACAUAGACAACGAAUGGGUGCAGAGAUUUCCCAGGUGCGCCGAGAAACUGACCACUUCAUUAGAGCGUCUGAAAUAAAUGAAAUGAAAAAGAAGAAAGCAGUAAAAGCACAGAAGCUCAAAAAGAAUCUUGAUAAGCAAAAUCAUGAAACAGUGACUCAGAACAUGGAUGCUGGAGGAGACAAGAAAAUGUUUAUAUUUAAGCAGAAACAAACAGAAAAUUUAAUAUUGAGCAAGAAGGAUGAAAGGAAGAAGAAGAAUGAAAAAUUUAAAAACAUGAUAGCUGAAAAAAAGAAAAAGAGACGAGAGAUUAAAAAUAAGAAGAGAGAACUGAUGAAAAAGCCAGAAGAAGACUUCUUGGGUUCAGUAUUUGUAGGAACUACUCAAUAAUAAUAAUAAUAAUAAUAUUUAUAAUAA